AUGGAGUCCACUGGCUUUGUCGUGUUAUCGGCUUCCUCUGACGGGGCCGAUAUAAAACUUGAGGUGAAGCGGUUUCUACAUUUGAAACCAAAAAGAGAACAAGGUCCUUUUGUUUAUGGGAGAGGAGAUGCAGACACAUGUGGGCAGUUUUUGCGAUGCGGGACCGAGGAAAGCGACGCAUUCGCUGGAAAGAUCAAGGAGGCUAUAGGCGAAGUUGACUUUCUCAUUCGUCAAGGUCCUGUUAUCGUUCUCUCCUCCGAAAACCACUCCACAUGGGGCACUAGGCUUGCCCACCCAUCUCGUAAUGCGGUGUCUAUCUUUCGAGAUCUUUCGGAUACAGACGAAACCAGGGUGACGUUCAUGCUCUACCCUCCCGAUUUACCGAAAGAGGAAAUACGGGAGACCCGACCCGUUAUGCGGAAGCUGCAGCGAAACGAAAUCCUUUUUGUGAACGGAUUGGUGAGAAUGGAAUUAGAAGUCCCUGCGGAGGGCUCUUUUGUCUGGCAAGGAAAUAGUGGCGAACCAAUGGGGCGUGACAUGCUCGGGCCAGAAGUCUUCGAGUUCAUGGCGCUUUAG